AUGCGGCUGCGGCUCGGGCAGGUGCUGCCGGCGCUGUGCCUCGGCGCCGCCGUCCCCCUGCUGUGGUACGCGCUGUGGCAGGGCAGCCGAGGAAAUGACUUAGAUAUGUAUGAACACCAGUUGCUGGAACUUCAGCAGAGACUGUUGUAUGCUGACAUGGAAAAUAAAAAGAGAUCACAUGAACUGAGCAGUGCCCUAGAUGAAAUCAAAAGUAUAGUUGCAAGAAGAAUGAACAUGACAAAAAAUCACACAGCCGUGUUUUACUAUACAACCAAAAUUGAAAGGUUUAUUGUAGUCAAUGGAACUGUACUCCCUUGGUGUCUUUGAGGUGAAUUAAAGUGGAAAGAGUUAAACCUCCCCAGGAAACUCCCCAUCCAUCUUACAAACAUCUACUACUAUCUCCCUCACCUUCGAGAAUACGAAGAUGCGAUUUUCCCAAAUGUUAUUUUUGGGCAGCAGAGAACUGGAGUGUCCCUGGUGAUGGGUAUUCCUACAGUGAAAAGGGACAAACAGAGUUACCUGAUUGAUACAUUGCAUUCCCUGCUGUACCAACUCUCUGAAGAGCAAAAGAAGGACUGUGUAUUAAUCAUCUUUGUAGCAGAGGUGGAUGCAGAGUAUGUUAAGAGUGUUGCAGAAAGUGUUAAAGCCAGCUUCCCCAGAGAAGUGCAGUCUGGAGUCCUAGAGGUUGUUUCUCCUCCUGCUUCCUAUUACCCAGAUCUUUCCAGCCUGGAGAAAACGCUUGGAGAUUCUGAGGACCGCGUAAGGUGGAGAACUAAACAGAAUUUGGAUUAUAGCUUUUUAAUGCUGUAUGCUCAACCUAAGGGAACAUUUUAUUUACAGCUGGAAGAUGAUAUUAUAGCCAAACCUGAUUUUAUUGAAAGUAUAAAAAGCUUUGCUGCUCAACAGUCCCAGGAUUGGAUGGUUCUUGAGUUCUCUCAGCUUGGAUUUAUUGGAAAAUUGUUUAAAUCAGAAGACUUACCACUCAUAGUGGAAUUUUUUCUCAUGUUUUAUAAGGAUAAGCCUAUAGACUGGCUCAUAGACCACCUGCUCUGGGUUAAAGUGUGCAAUCCAGAAAAGGAUGCUGUAAGUAUAACUACGCACUGUGAAAAGGAAAAGUCAAAGUUACGUAUCCGUGCGAAGCCAUCUCUCUUUCAGCAUAUGGGAACUUUCUCAUCAUUGGCUGGGAAGAUACAGAAUUUGAAAGAUAAAGAUUUUGGAAAAAUUUUGCUACAUAAAGCACAUAAUAAUCCACCUGCAAAAGUGGACACAAGCCUAAAAAUAUACAAGCAAUAUACCUUGGAAAAAGUUUACAAAGGACAAGACUGCUUUUGGGCCUUAGCUCCAGUGGCAGGUGACUACAUCAGGUUCACAUUUUUAAAUCCACUAGGAGUUGAAAAGUACUUGUUCAGAAGUGGAAACAUGGAGCACCCUGGUGAUAAACUGUUUAACACUACUGUGGAAGUGUUGCCAGCUGAUGAAACGCUAAGAAAAGAAUUGAUUCACAAUGGAAGUAAAUUUAACUACCCAGCAACCAAAGAUGGAUAUUUAAAAAUAGGGGCUUUUGAAAAUGGCACAGCAGAAGGCAGCAUCAGUCAGGCAAUAGGAAGAAUAGAGGCCAUUCGUUUAUCAGUCAGCUCUGACUCUCCGGUCUGGGCAAUACUGAGUGAGGUACUUAUCAAGACAUCUGAAAACUGA